GAAAGGGUGAGCCAGCCGGCCAACAGGCAGGAGCGGAGGCUUGCAGCUGGGCAGUUGGUCUGCGGGGAAGCAAGUCCAAGCCCGGGGCCCCAGCAGUGGGCAACUAAAGGCGCCGGCGGCCCCGCCACCCGCGAGCGGAAGAACCCCGCGCACGCGCAGUGAAAGUCCAGGGCCGGUGAAGCGUCGGAAGCCCCUUCACCCAGCCCGGCUUCGCGUCCGGUCCUCGGGGGAACCGCACGGCCCUGUCACUCCCGCCUCGUCACCCACGCAGGGUUUCCCCCGCCCCCCAGCCGGGGCCGGUCACGACUGCGUGCGCAGAGCCUGAGUGGGCGCUGGAGGGAAGGGGAAGCGGCGGUAGAGACUGGGUGUAGCCAUGUUGCCCAAGCUAGUUUCAAACUCCUGGACUCAAGUGAUCUGCCCACCUCAGCCUCCCAAAGAUCUGGACUUAUAGUGUAGUAACACAUUAUGGGCAAUAGUCCUUUUAAUUAAUCUGUCAUCAUCAUGGCUAAUGAGGGCUAUCCCAAGGCUACAGAUAGUCCUUUUUCAUCAGAUAAACAUGCCCAACUCAUCUUGGCCCAAAUCAAUAAAAUGAGAAGUGGACAGCAUUUCUGUGAUGUGCAGCUGCAAGUUGGAAAUGAAACUUUUAAAGCUCACCGGCUGGUUUUGGCUGCCAGCAGUCCUUACUUUGCAGCUUUGUUCACUGGAGGAAUGAAAGAGUCUUCAAAAGAUGUUGUACCAAUUCAAGGAAUUGAAGCUGCAAUCUUUCAGAUACUUCUAGAUUUCAUUUACACAGGGAUAGUGAACAUAUGUGUGAGUAAUGUCCAGGAGUUGAUUGUUGCAGCAGACAUGCUACAGUUGACUGAAGUUGUUCAUCUUUGCUGUGAAUUUCUGAAAGGACAAAUUGAUCCACUGAACUGCAUUGGGAUCUUUCAGUUCUCUGAGCAAAUUGCCUGCCAUGAUCUCUUGGAAUUCUCAGAAAACUACAUUCACGUGCAUUUCUUAGAGGUUCAUAGUGGGGAAGAGUUCCUGGCCCUUACAAAAGAUCAGCUGAUCAAAAUUUUGCGAAGUGAAGAGCUUAGCAUUGAGGAUGAAUACCAGGUCUUCUUAGCUGCAAUGCAAUGGAUUCUGAAAGAUUUGGGAAAAAGAAGAAAACAUGUGGUGGAAGUGCUAGACCCAAUUCGAUUCCCUUUAUUACCUCCUCAGAGGCUUUUAAAGUAUAUAGAAGGAGUAUCUGAUUUUAAUCUUCGUGUUGCAUUGCAAACACUUUUGAAAGAGUACUGUGAAGUAUGCAAAUCUCCCAAAGAGAAUAAGUUUUGUAGUUUUCUGCAGACAUCUAAGGUUCGACCUCGGAAGAAAGCAAGAAAGUACCUGUAUGCAGUAGGUGGAUAUACUCGGUUACAGGGGGGUCGUUGGAGUGACAGCAGAGCCCUCAGCUGUGUAGAACGUUUUGACACCUUUAGCCAAUACUGGACCACUGUGUCUUCACUUCAUCAGGCUCGAAGUGGGCUGGGAGUAACAGUUCUGGGAGGGAUGGUCUACGCUAUUGGAGGUGAAAAGGAUUCGAUGAUUUUUGAUUGUACUGAAUGCUAUGAUCCAGUUACUAAACAGUGGACAACUGUAGCUUCGAUGAAUCAUCCCCGCUGUGGUUUAGGAGUGUGUGUGUGUUAUGGGGCUAUCUAUGCUUUGGGUGGAUGGGUUGGAGCUGAGAUAGGGAACACCAUUGAAAGAUUUGAUCCUGAUGAAAAUAAAUGGGAAGUAGUGGGCAACAUGGCUGUGUCACGCUACUACUUUGGGUGCUGUGAAAUGCAAGGUUUAAUUUAUGUAAUUGGGGGCAUCAGCAAUGAAGGAAUAGAACUUCGUUCUUUUGAAGUCUAUGAUCCACUUUCUAAGCGUUGGUCUCCACUUCCUCCAAUGGGAACCAGGAGAGCAUAUCUUGGCGUGGCUGCACUCAAUGACUGCAUCUAUUCUAUUGGAGGAUGGAAUGAGACCCAAGAUGCUCUUCAUACUGUAGAAAAAUAUUCCUUUGAAGAGGAAAAGUGGGUUGAAGUUGCAUCAAUGAAAGUGCCUAGAGCAGGCAUGUGUGUUGUGGCAGUCAAUGGUCUUCUGUAUGUCUCUGGAGGUCGAUCUUCCAGCCAUGAUUUUUUGGCCCCAGGUACCUUGGACUCAGUCGAAGUUUAUAACCCUCAUUCAGAUACAUGGACAGAAAUUGGUAACAUGAUCACCAGUCGUUGUGAAGCGGGUGUUGCUGUGCUAUGAAAUAUAAAGCAUAAUGGAGCAUAAGGAACAUUUUGAAAAUGCAGGAUCUGACCUUUUGCAAAGCAAACAUACAUUUGGUGAUAAGACCCUCUGAUUCUUUGAGUUUUCCAUGUAUUUGGUAGAUAAAUGACUAAUGAGGCUGAGCACAGUGGCCUCAUGUCUAAAAUCCCAGCAAUUUGGAAGGCUGAGGCAGAAGGAUCACUUGAGCCCAGGAAUUUGAGGUUAUAGUGAGCUGUGAUCAUGCCAUCUCCUGUCCACUCUGGGCAAUAGAAUGAGAUCCUGUCUCUUAAAGAAAAACAAAAAACUACAGAGUGAUUUUUCUAAAAAUGUAAGUGAGAACAGAUAUGGAAUAUAUCUCAAUUAAUAAAGAGCUCACACAGAAUUACCAAGCUUAAUAAAAGUAGAAAUGCCAUUUAUGCUGUAGAAUUCUCCAGUUAAGUGUAGACAAGUCCUAUUUUAUAAAUUUGUAAAAAUUAUUUACUUGAAGAUCCCUGGCAAAUAGCCCCUUUAGCUACUUCUCCAGUGCAAUAUAAGUUGUAAUGUAACCUUUAUGUGAUGUAGGAAUAGUAUCGAUGACACAAUUUAAAGAUCUCUGUAUAUUCACAAUUCUAUCCAGAGCAUAAUUUUCCAUUGCCAUAGUUUGAGCUACAGAGAAAAGCCAAUGAAACACAUUCCUAUUUUUAUUUGAUGCCAGGAGUUUUCACUCGCCCCAAACUUUUUAUUGGCAACAGAUAUACUAAGAGGGUGUUUGGGAAAUAUCUAUCUUUUUUAUUUGAGAUGGAGUCUGUUGUUGUGCUAAGUGCAGUGGCGCAAUCUUGGCUUACUGCAAUCUCCGCCUCCCGGGUUUAAAUGGUUCUCCUGCCUCAGCCUCCCAAGUAGCUGGGAUUACAGGCAUGCGCCACCAUACCCAGAUAAUUUUUGUAUUUUUAGUAGAGACAGGGUUUCACCAUGUUGGCCAGGAUGGUCUUAAUUUCCUGGCCUCGUGAUCUGUCUGCCUUGGCCUCCCAAAAUGCUGGGAUUACAGGCGUGAGCCACUGCUCUUGGCCUAUAUCUAGCUAUUUUUAUAGAAAGAUGCCAUUUUGCUUGAUGAUAAGCUUUUGCUUACUCAUAUUUUUUGUCUCGAUCCUGAGAAUGCAAGUAAGGAAUUAAUAGAAGGUUCUUAGUGACUGAAAGUUGUAAUACACUAUAGAGUCCAGCAGGCAGUAUGCAUCUAGAAAUUUAUUCCUGUUUUAGGCUGGGCGAGGUGGCUCACACCUAUAAUCCCAGCAUUUUGGGAGGCUGAGGCAAGGUGGGCAGAUCACUUGAACUCAGGAGUUCAAGACCAGCCUGGGCAACAUGAUGAGACUCCAUCUCUAUCAAAAAAAAAAAAUGUAUGUAAAAAUUAGCCAGCCAUGGUUGCUUAUGCCUGUGGUCCCAUUUACUUGGGAGACUGAGGUUGCAGGAUCACUUGAUCCCAGGAGGUCAAGGCGGCAGUGAGCUGAGACUGUGCUACUGCACUCUGGCCUGGGUGACAGCAUGAGACCUUGUCUCAAAAAAAAAAAGAAAGAAAAUUUCUUCUUUCUUCCUUUUUUUGCUAGAUUGUUGUCAUGAAAAUUAUCUGUUUGGCUUUAGGAAGAGGGAAUUUUAUUAGAUUAUCAAGCUUUGUGAAAUUUAUUUGUGUUUGGACAAACCUAAGUAAGAGCACACUACAAAGCUACUGCUUGGAUGUAGAGGGCUAAAUUGUAGGUACUUGUGAAACUUUUUAUAGACAUUGACUCAUAAGUGUAAUUUGAAAAGCUCCCUUGACCCCAAACUGCUUUUCAAAACUUCUCAUUUUCUCCUUGAGAAGUAUUCUAAAGAAUUGUUCUCUGUUCAUUUAAAAGAGGAAGAUUCACUGGGUGUGUGAUGGGGUUACUUUUAAGUUAUUUUGCUGGCAAGUUGGAGCCAUAUAUAUCUUGCAUCCAGUAAAAAACUUUUUUUUUGAGACAGAGUUUCGUUCCUGUUGUCCAGGUUGGAGUGCAAUGGUGCACUUGGCUCACUACAAUGUCUGCCCCCCAGGUUCAAGUGAUUCUCCUGCCUCAGCCUCCCAAGUAGCUGGGAUUAAAGGUGCCCCCACUACCAUGCCUGGCUAAUUUUUUGUACAGGGUUUCAUCAUGUUGGUAAGAUUGGUCUCGAACUCCUGACUUCAGGUAAUCUACCAGCCUCGGCCUCCUAAAGUGCUGGGAUUACAGGUGUGAGCCACCUGGCCACAUACAGUAAAAUUUAACUAGUUGACUUACAGAUUUGAUUUCCUGUUUCUUUACUAAGGUCCUAAAAUAUAUUAAUAUAAGCAUCAUCAACUUAUUUAGAUAGAAAACCUUUCAUUGCGGCCGGGCGUGGUGGCUCAAGCCUGUAAUCCCAGCACUUUGGGAGGCUGAAGCGGGUGGAUCACAAGGUCAAGAGAUUGAGACCAUCCUGGUCAACAUGGUGAAACCCCGUCUCUACUAAAAAUACAAAAAAUUAGCUGGGCAUGGUGGCGCAUGCCUGUAAUCCCAGCUACUCAGGAGACUGGGGCAGGAGAAUUGCCUGAACCCAGGAGGCGGAGGUUGCGGUGAGCUGAGAUCGCGCCACUGUACUCCAGCCUGGGUAACAAGAGCGAAACUCUGUCUCAAAAAAAAAAAAAGAAAACCUUUAAUUGCAUUAAUGAAUCAGGUAGCACUCAUAUCCAAAUUCUUUGGUUUAGGCUGGGCACAGUGGCUUAUGCCUGUAAUCCCAGCACUUUGGGAGGCCGAGGUGGGCUGAUCACUUGAGGUCAGGGAUUCAAGACCAAUCUGGCCAACAUGGUAAAAUCCUGUCUCUACUAAAAAUACAAAAACUUAACAGCAGGUGUGGUACAUGCCUAUAAUCCCAGUUGCUCAGGAGGCUGAGGCAGGAUACUUGCUUGAACCUGGGAGGAGGUUGCAGUGACUUAAGAUCCUACCACUGCAUUCCAGUCUGGGCCAUAGAUCAAGACUUUGUCUCAACAAAAUAAAAUAAAAUAAAAAAGUAUUUGGUUUAAUCCAGAAGUAUGCUUUCUUUAUAAUUUAGCCAUAUGCAUUUAUUAGGAAAAGCUUAUGUAAUGCCGACAGGAAGCUCUGUGUUUCCUUUUCUGGGGCAUCCUGAAAAUCUGAAGGGUCAUAGCUAUCUGUAUAGAGAUCUGUAAGAUGUCAAAGAAUAAAGUAUAAAGAUAAUUUAUAGACUAAGCUUUAACUCAUGUGCCUUUACUAUUUCUAGUUACAGAGAAUCUGUAUUCUGAUUUAAAACAGAUUUACAAAAUACUUUUACAACUUAUUUCUCAUUAUUGUCUAGUGGCAACUAAAAAUGACACUGUGAAGGGGGGUGCUUUGCACAGCUGUGGCAGAAAUGUAAUGUCAGGACAAUCAGUGUUUAACAGGUCCUGAAGAUCUCUGAAAAUAGGUAACUGUAAAUAUGCUUAUUGUUUCUUAGGUAAUUAAAACAUUGUUUUUAAAAGAAUGUACUAAUAAAGUAUCUAGAUUUUUGUUUCUUUGUA